AUGAUUCGAUUAUCUUAUAAUAGAAUUAAAGAUAGUAUUUACAAAUCAAAUAGUAUCCACACUAUUAUCCAAAAAUCAAUAAAUCCAAAUUUUAAUCAUGUUAACAAUAGAAUAAAUCCUAUUCGUCCGAUUUCAAAUAUUACAAAUAAUCUUUACAAAUCAUCUGAAUAUAUUAAAUUUAUAAAACCGAUGAAUCAAAUUUCAAAUAUGAGAUCAAGAAUCAUUAUAUUUAGUCGUAAUGUUGUUAUUGAAAAUGCUUCAGAUGAUAAUAAAGAAACUUCGUCAAUGGAUAUGACUCCAAAGUUGUUAAAUUAUCGUCCUCGUUAUGGUCGUGAUGGACAGAAAUUACCUCCAUUACCUUUAGAAAAAGUUGAAGAACUAAUAUACGACCGAAUUAAGUGGCAAAGCGAAAAUUUAUAUGAUAAUGUUAAUUAUGAAUUAUUAGAAGAUUUCCCCGCUUGGCUUUACGGCUGUAGAAUGUCAAAUCUCACAUCUCUAUUUGAGGGAAAAAAAUGGCGAGACAUUAUUAAUAUGACUGCUAGAGACUUGGAAUUGUUGGGUGUUAAAUCAACGACUUUCAGACGUAGACUAACCACAUAUUUUUGGAUUAUACGAUUAGAUCUCGCCGAUAAAGAAGGACGCGUAAUUAGAUACAAAAAAAUCAGAACAACACCUGACAUUACCCCAGAAUUAUUGGAAGAUUUUCCAACUUAUCUUGGCACUAUAGGGAUGAAACAAUACGCUUCAAAAUUCGAAGGCAAAAAUUGGAAAGAAAUUUUUGGAAUGAAUUAUAAAGAUUUGAUAGCUUUGGGAAUUGAAUCUAUUGAAGAUCGAAUUCUAUUAAUUAAGAGUUUUUGGAAAGCCAAACGUGUAAUUAUAUAUACAGAGAAAAUAAAUAAAGUUUCUGAUGCAAAUAUCGAUGCAAAUAUCGAUGCAAAUAUCGAUGAGAACUUAUAG